AUGAUACGUAUACGUUCGGUAGAAUUGGCGGAGAGAGAAAACCGAGUCGGGUGGGUGCCGCACGAGAGGCGUAUCCGCUGAGUUCUCGCGUUUCGUUUGCCACGGAUCCGGCAAGGUGAUCCGGUGGUGAGGAAUCGCUUGCGGUUCGAGCGACUCUCGGGAACCCGAGGCGGAACGAACGGCGAAAAGUGACGCAGCAACCGUAUGCAUCGCGCGUGUCGGUAAUCUCCUUUUCUCUGUCUCUCUCUCUCUUUCCUCCUUCUCUCGUUCUUUGUCUCUUACGUCUCUCUCUCUCUCUCUCUCUCUUCGUCUCUCCCCUCUCCCAACGGAGUGUCAAAGUUCCGAGACUGCUCGUCGACGUAUCCAUCGUCGGUGACCGUCGAUGUAGGUUACGAGGAGGAGAAACGAACAAACGGAACGGACGAACGAUCGGGGUGUAACUCGGCGUGGAAGUGUGACGCGGCCGGACAGCGACACGCACCUCCCACGGGGGAAGAAACGGAACGUCGUGCACGACGGCAUCGAAUGCGAGCAGGCGAGUGAGCGAGCGAGCGAGUUGGCUGGCGAGCGAACGGACAAGUGUAACGGGGAAGAGUGAGAGGAUCUCCGGAGUGCACGGAGAGAGAAGGAAAGAGAGAGCGCAGCGUCGGAUUCGGUGAGACCGUGCGAGGAUCGUCCGGGAAAGGAGUAUUGCGUGUGGAUCCCGUUGGAGGCUGUCAUAAAUGUGCACAUUCUACAUAGAUUGCGCGAUCUAUGCAUGGUCGACGGGUCGAUCUAUCAGUGGCGAGUGCUGAUCGAGCUUGACGCUCUCGCGGCAGCGAGUCGACGUUAAAUCGUCAUCGGUCGCGUACGACGUUGCGCCUGGCCGUCGCCGACGUCGUCGUCCCGCAGAAGUCAGCUAGCCCAGCGUACCUAUCUAACGGCGUGCCCCUCGACAACGCAAAGCAGGUGAUCAUGGCGAAUCGGGGUACGGCCCAAAGGCCAAAUGGAUCGACACAAGGAAAAAUUUGUCAGUUUAAACUAGUUUUACUCGGUGAAUCGGCAGUCGGAAAAUCAAGUCUUGUUCUAAGGUUUGUCAAAGGACAAUUCCAUGAAUAUCAGGAGAGUACAAUCGGCGCUGCAUUUCUAACACAAACCGUAUGUUUGGAUGACACAACUGUAAAAUUCGAAAUUUGGGAUACUGCGGGACAAGAACGUUAUCACAGUCUCGCACCGAUGUACUAUCGUGGUGCACAGGCAGCCAUUGUCGUGUACGACAUAACAAAUCAGGAUACAUUCUCACGGGCCCAGACAUGGGUAAAGGAAUUGCAGCGCCAGGCAAGUCCAAGCAUAGUAAUAGCAUUAGCUGGAAACAAGGCAGAUUUGGCAAAUAAGAGAGUCGUUGAAUACGAUGAAGCUCAAACGUAUGCGGAUGAAAAUGGCCUUCUUUUCAUGGAAACAUCGGCUAAAACGGCAAUGAAUGUCAACGACAUAUUCCUUGCAAUUGCUAAAAAGCUUCCUAAAAAUGAACAAUCAGGAAGCGCAAGUACGAGUGGUCAAGGCCGUCGACUAGUCGAGUCAGAUGGGCAAAAGGCAGCAACCGGCAAUUGUUGCAAGUGAUUAUCUAAAUCCAUAAAAGCAAACUGGAAAUAGUCAAGAAGGAUAAAAAGCGCGAAUUGAAAGUAAGAGAUUCAAUAUAUGACCAUCAAAUUUAUAUAUAAUGUGCAGGAUAUAUAAAUGUAACUGUAAUAUUGCUGUACAAUACUUAGCUAUCAUUGACAAUUUCUUGUAAUUAAAAGGCGAUUUACGCAAAUGUAUAUGCGAAGAAAAUGAUUCUAAAUUUUACGAUGUUUUCAUGCUAAUAAUGUAUCUGUGCUUAUUUCUCAGAAAAUUUUUCUUUUAGAUAUAUUUGUUCCAACUGUUCAAUGCAUACAGACUUUAAUACAAACAUAUAAUAUAUAUUGGUAGAUAUACUUGGUAUGAUUCUUUAAUCUAAAUUUUGCAAUGUUAUUUUAUUGAAUUGCCACAUUGAAGGAUACUAUAUGAUGUCGCUGUUUGUUCCUUAAACAGCACACCUUUAAUGUUCUUUUAUAAUAGAUUUCUGCUAGAUUUAAAUAGCAUUUACAUUACUGUGACAGCUUUAUUAAAGUCAGACUCUUCAUUAUUUGCGCAUAAAAAUUGUAACUAUGUAACACGAUGUCUAAAGGCAUAACAUUAUUUUUCCAUUAAUCUUCUUAUUUUAUUGUAUAUUUACCCGUGAUUAAUUUAAAUGCACUAUUCAAAAUUUUGUGGAAAACAGAUAUUUAAUGUAAGGCACUAGAUAUCUCUUAAUUAUAGGCACAUAAUAGUGUUUAUGUGACACUAUAUGUUUAUAGAUAUUAUAAAUUUGUAAAGAUUUCCUUUCUCUUCGGAGGAUACUAAUUUCUGACUGAUAAAGGUGCUAGAAGAAUACAUGUGCAUGAUAUCCAAUUGUGCAAGCUUGUGGAAAUGUUUCUUGUAAUUUAUGAUAAUGCUCCCAUCUCCUGUGCAAUGACUUGUAUCAUUGGAUUGUAUAUUUGAAAUAUUAUUUUAUAAUAUUAAUAGAUAAAGAAAGCUGUUUGAAAUUGUUACAAAAAAAGAAAGAAAUUCUCAGGGUGCAUCCUUCUGUUCAAUUUUUUAAUAUUGUUGUAUUCUAAUUAUAUAUUUAUUCUUAUUUUUUCCGCUAUGAGAUAUGAUCGUCUAGACAUAUUCUGUUAAAAAUCACAGGUAGGUUCUGUUAUUCCUGUAUAAAGAAAUUUUUAAUAUUCACCAGGCAAAUAAAAUGUUUUACAGUAGUUACAGUCUUGUGUAUUGUAGAUAUUCAACAAUUGUAAUACAGUACAUUAUGGAAUCGUACAUUGUGACUCAUUCUCCUUAUCAUUUACAUGUAACAAAAAAGACGAUCUUUAUAUUCUUUAUGUGUCCGUAAACUGUACAUUUUGCAUUACACUUGAAAAUAAUUACAAUGAUAUACACG